UGGUUAUUGAGGUUACGUUUAUGUUAUCACAUGUCAUAAAAGUGUGGUUAGAAUUUUUUAUGUAAAAUGGUUAAAAACAAAAUAAAUUGGAAACCAGUCCCUGUGGAAGACCCGAAUCUCAAUUCCGAGGGUUUAGUCGCGUUCGAGGAAUGUACAGAUUACGGUUUGGUAAAUUUGGAAAAACCAAGAAAGAUAAACCGCUCCAAGAUUUCCAAGAAGCAUAAAAGCCCUGUCGUGGUUGAAAAACCGGCCAAGAAAAAACGGAAAGUGUCUUCCGUGGCUCUAACGCCCUCGAAACAGGGCAGUAGUGUUGAGACGCGCGUUGAAAUUAACGAAAAAAUCCAAAAAUCGGACAGUUAUCUAGUGUGGAGUAACUUCGGGUUGCCUGACUCAAUUAUCAAGGCGCUCGUUUUGCAAGGUUUUAACGAACCAACGCUGAUUCAGUCGCUUUCGUUACCUGCGGCCGUUUUGGGGCGCAGGGACAUUGUGGGGGCUGCGGAGACGGGAAGUGGGAAAACGCUUGCGUUUGGUUUGCCAAUUGUGGCCGGAAUUUUGAACGAAAAAAGUAAAGUUGUGGGAAACUCGGAUAAAAAAUUGUAUGCACUUGUCUUGACACCGACAAGGGAACUGGCGGUGCAAGUGCGAGACCACUUAAAAGCCAUUGUAAAAUUUACAGAUAUAAAUAUUGCGGUGGUUCUUGGGGGCAUGGCUGCCGUAAAACAGGAGCGAAUUUUGAGUAAGAGACCAGAAAUUGUGGUCGCAACUCCAGGCCGUUUGUGGGAAUUAAUCCAACAAGGCAAUGAACAUUUGUCGCAAAUAAACGAUAUUAGAUAUUUAGCAAUUGACGAAACGGACCGAAUGCUUGAAAAGGGCCACUUUGAGGAGCUGCACAACAUAUUAGAACGUCUCAACCUUGAUAAAACAAGAGCGAAACAAAGACAAAAUUUCGUUUUUUCUGCAACGCUCACUCUAGUACACGAUUUGCCGAAAUACCGCUUCAAUAAAUCAAAGGUUUCGAAAAUGACACCGCAACAAAAACUUAGCAGGAUUAUGACCGAUUUGGGCAUAAAAAACCCGAAAAUUGUGGACAUAAGUCAAGGUGGAAACACACCGGCGACUUUAACCGAAAGCCGAAUCAGUUGCGGGAUUGAGGAGAAGGACUAUUACGUGUAUUAUUUCCUGCAGAAGCAUCCAGGCAGGACUUUGAUUUUUUGUAAUUCGAUCGGAUGUGUGCGACGUUUGGCGAAUUUGUUGGGCAUUUUGGGGUGUCGGCCUUUGCCCCUUCACGCGUCCAUGCAGCAGAGACAGCGUUUGAAAAAUUUGGAACGUUUUAGGGACGAUGAACACGGAAUUUUGGUGGCCACUGAUGUGGCAGCUAGAGGCUUGGAUAUUCCGAAAAUCGAGCAUGUUUUGCAUUAUCAGACACCCAGAACAAGUGAGAGUUAUGUUCAUAGGUCUGGGCGCACAGCUCGUGCGACUCAGCAAGGUCUCACUGUAGUUUUAAUGGAGCCUUCGGAAAUACAGAACUACAUAAAAAUCUGCAAAACUUUGAAUAGAAGUGAAGAUUUGCCGAUUUUUCCGGUACAGGAAGAGUAUUUAAAAGCCGUCAAACAGCGAGUGAAUUUAGCACGAGAACUGGACAAAUUAGAAUUACAGAUACGGAAGGGAAAUUCGGAGGAAGGGUGGUUGCGUAAAGCGGCUAAAGAAAUGGAUAUUAUCGUCGAUGAUUUUUCAAAAAAAUUCGAUUCUGACGAAAUUUCGUCACAGAAAAAGCUCGCAGACGUUAAGAGAAAACAGUUAACUGCCCUUCUCACCAAACCCAUUUUCCCGAAGGGUUUUAGCGGAAAAUAUCCGCUUAUUUCCGGCGAAUUUUCCCCAAAUUUGGAAACCAACGAAUCGGCUCUACAAACUGUGAAAAACGCUGUAGAGAAAGAAUUGAAGUCGAAAAAGCGGAUACCACUUUACAAACCUAAAAAAACUGCGAACAAUCCAAAAUAAAAGUUUUUAUUACAAUAAAA